UGUUGUUGUUGUAAAUGUAGCCAUCACGUUGCUUGUGAUCAACGAUUUCCUGUCGUGUUUUUCAUCCAAGCAAAUUUGAUCUGUCUUGUCUACAAAGUGGGAGGUAAAAAGACUGAAAAUGGCAGGUAGAGGACGAGGGUCUAUAAUGAACGAAUUCCUUAAAGGGGCAGUUAAAGAAAACGAAGGGCAAACUGCAGAUCCUGGAACAAGAGAAUCUGAUGGUAGAUACUCUUCAUCAUCUCCUUUGAUGAGUGCUCUCGCGAUGAAACCACCUAAGAGCAGCAUGUGUUCCGGAGGAAGAGGUCUUAUGAGCCCAAGCCAAUUUGUUAAAACUGGCUCACAAGCAAAGGAAGUUAACACAGACAAAACUUCAGCGUUCCUGGCAGCAGAAGAAUACCUUAGUAAAUUCUCUCCAUACCCAGAAGAUGAUGACAAACAUGACUCAAUAGAGAUGAAAAAGGAAGAGCGAAAGCCAAUACGAAAUGUCAUAAAACAGAACUCUCCACAGGUAAGGUCACCAAAUGUAGGACCACUGAAGCAAAUUACUCCUCAACCAACACAACAAGAAAAAGAAGAAGCUGAGGGAGAAUGGCAAAAAUAUAAAUUUCAGCGACAGAUUGCUUCAAUGGUAGGAGGUGCUACUGUUGAGGACGUUGAUGAGAUUUUUGAUGCCCUGAAGAUCAAGCUGGAUGAUAGCUCCUUGUCAAUGAAGUACCCUCAGUUCAAUGAGUUCCAGCUGAUUCUUGAAUGUCUUGUUGACAAAUCAACAACAACAGAUAGUUUUACUGAGGUUUCAAAAAGUUUCAUCAAAAGAAUUACAGAUUAUGAUGCAAUUCAGUUUGAAGUUCACUUUGUCCCUCUCAUCUCCACUAAAACAACAGAACUUGUAAGAGUUUCUGCUUCAGAUAAACUGAUUACAGCUGGAGCCAGGAGAUUUUGCAAGCUUCUUGGUGCACUUUAUAAAUUGUCACUUGAAUCAGAUAAUGAUAGACUAAGAACAGUCAUAAUAACAUGUCUGGAAGAAUGUAUUGAGAAAUGGACAUACCCGGAUGGCAUAGGGAGUCAAGUUGAAGGAUUCAGCGUAGUUAAAGCUGAAGCAAAUGCACUCGCAGCAACAGAAUUGUUCAAGGAAAUGGAUCUGCUAAAUUUGGACAAAGAAAGAUUGCCAGCUAUAUUUCGUGACUUACGAAAUAUCAUUGUUCUUUUAAAAGAAAGUGUGUUGAAUGAAUGCCUCCCAAGAAAAAUCCGUGAAGUCUUUUUGGAUCUUUUGCUCGCUCACAUCCCAAGAUGCCUGUCUCCAGGUAAGCAGGAUGUUGACGAAGACACAACGUGUUGUGAUAUUUAUCCUACUGACUCAACUGUUGAUGCUGAUUUCGGUGCUGAUACAGCAAGUUGUAGCUCAUCUCAAUCAACGAGUGUCUCACUAUCGGAAGAAGCAAACUUGCAAUUGAGUUCAAAAAUACAAUCUAGCUGCAUCGAAGGUAAGAACUCCAUGACUCUCGCCUUUGAAGUUGAUGAUUCGCAAAGUGAGGAUAUGAUGACGAAUGAGACAAGUCGGUAUGAAGAAGACAUUGAUGAUUUUGAUGAUGCUGUUUUGAUUGAAGAUGAUGAGGUCGAGGAAGUAACUGUUGACGCUGUCGAACGGGAAGGCACCAGGGGUGAGGAUAACGUGGAACAUGCAGGUCAGUCUGUCGAUGUCAAAUAUGAGCACUUUGAAGAGAGAGAAAGCACUAGAGAAAACGAGAAAACCAUAGAAAAGGGACAAUAUGAUGAAAUAGAGCAAAUGAUGAAAGAACUGAGAUUAGAAGACCAAGUAUACAGGUUUAAGCAGAACGUUAUCAGGGAUACAGUGCUUCAAGCUGACAAAGAAACGCUUAAAGGUAUUCUCAAGGAGGCAUCAUUUCCAGCCGGUAUUGUUUAUGAAAUUGUUACGUAUUUAGAUAACAGAAAAAUUUCUAUUAGGAAGACUAGCCAAGAAGAAAAGAAAUCUACUUUCCAAUAUGGAAAAGGGAAUGAUAAACAUUAUAACUCUACCCGUUUAAGAUCGGGUGGGGCUAAUUUUGAAAGAGGUCCAGCACAAAUUCAAGGAAGGUUUGGUACUGACAGCCCUUCUAAUAGGAAACUCUAUGGUAUUGGUCGUGGCGGAAAUACAUCUAGUGAUCAGUUUGUGCCAAAAAAUCACAAGGCGAGACGUGACAAUAGGGAUCAUUUAACUGGGAGCUGGAGACAAAAUCACAACACGGCACGAGAGAGGGUUCGUGGCCGUGAAGAUCCGAUGAAUUGGCGAGGAAGAAACGAUAGCAGAGAAAGAGAAAACUCUAGUGAUGUUACAUUGAAGAAUGGUCACGGAGAAACUAUAGAGCGGUAUCAGAAGCAGCAAUUUAGCAAUGAUGUACAAGAGGGGCGCCGGAUAGGGAAAGUAGAGCCACAGCCGAGGCAUGGCGCAGAGGACACUCCAGUCAAAGCAUCGAUACCUCCUAGUUUUUCUGGCUUUGCCACCGGAGCUAUGGGUUGUUACAGAUGUGGAUCAAAUGGGCACAGGUCGGAUGAAUGCAAAAAUUUGGCAGCUCUCUUUAUUGGCUAAUGCAUCGCAGAGAUGCCCUCAAAACGGUUUCUGCAGCAUAUGUUGAUAUUAUGGAGUGGUUGCAUCGUACCUGUUAGAACGACUUGGCCUAAUUGUCAUAAACAGACUUGAUGAUGGACUAGGAAUGGGAUAUUAAUUUUCUUUUUCAAAUAUUUGAUUGCAGUUCUAUGUUUCUUCGUUUUCUAAUCGUUGUUAUGAAGUUUGAUAUUGUUGUGCCUUCUAAUAAAUGAAGUAGUUUGUUAACACUUAGCUUUACAACAACAUUCAUCGUCUUAUAUAUAAUCGACAAGAUCUGCAUAAAAAAGCGUUUAAUGAGAUCAAUAUAUUGUUCAGUUUGUUUUUAUCUUAAUUUUUGUGUUCUUUAGCUUUUUUAACAAUGUAUCUUAAAAUGUAAAAAAACACGUGUUCAGUGGCGGCUCGUGUAUUGGGGCAAGUGGGGCUCAGCCCCACCAAAGAUUUCCAAAAAUAAGUUUUAGAUUUAUAAACGUAAAUAAAAUCAACGUCCAUUAUUAAUUUAGCACUGUUCACUAAUUUCGUUGCUUCGAGUUUCACUGUUUGUCCAUUCUCUAGUUUGUUUAGGUCCCACUGCCCGCGGUUCUUUCGAAAACUGAAGAAACACGCGUAUCAGAAACCAUCUCCCGAGCUUUUGGGGCUAGCCCCAAACUAGCAGAGAAUGCACCAAUCAAGUGCCUCUCAUGACUCUACUAUUCAAUUGAUGACUGCCUUCUGAUUGGCCAAUUCUGCUCGAAUCUGCAUUCCUUUGGGGCUAGUUGCAACUAGCCCCAAAUAAUUCAAUUCAACGGUAGCUGAAUUUUUGUUGUUGUGAUGUAAUAGGCAAUGUUGAUCUUGAAGUGGAACGCAGCAGAGUGGCGUGUAUUCAAUGAUUCGAAUUAUCAGCCUUAAAACUUUGAAAUAAAGCAUACAAGCUAGAUCUUUAUCAGAAUUAAUUUUGCCGAUCUUGAAAUAAGCUCAUAAUGGGAAGGCUAGGUCGUAGGCCUUCUAAUGGCAUAAAGCAUAUUUCCAAUGCAGGCUUUCAACUGGAACAAUUUUGGCUUCACAGCAUAUGAAAAUUAAUCAAUUAACAGUUUGAACUUUUUAUUCUUUAAAAAUUUUUUAAUUGCCAUGAUAUGCAAUGCAAAGGAUAUCGUCUAAGAGUUGGCCAUUCGAGUUGUCCAUGUUUUUAUGGACAUCCCCUACGAACUUCUUUUUUUGUAAAGAGAGAAACGAUCCAACGGACUUGAAUAAAUAAAGUUGAGCACACCAACAUUUCGCAUAGUUUAUUACUUUGCUUAUUAAAAAAUUAUACAUGAUUAAUAGUGGCACUUGUUUAUUUUUCAAUCGAAACUUUCAAAAUGAUGACAGCCUUGUUGAUUAGAGGUAGUAAAGAAUGGAAAGGCUUUUUAUUAUUCUUGGGGUUCCGUGUCUAUGGCUUUAGAUUUCGAAUAUUACGUCAUCAGCCCCACCAAAAAUUUACCCCACGAGCCGCCACUGCACGUGUUGAAGUGAAAUAUUUUUAUAAAUACACCAUGUUGAGUUUUACUUUAAGAAAAAACCUUAAAACAAAAUUUAUGUUCUUUCUUUGUUGCAUUGAGUUAACAGACCGUAGUAUAUAAGGUUGUACUGAAGCAAUUUGUUAACGAGAGUGUAUCUUGUUAAAUCGUUUUGCAUGCAAAAGUUUCAAAAGCAUAAAUCUGUCAAUUUAUCAUCAGA